AUGGCSCCAACAGCAAUCGAUCCGUCUGUAGUCACAGAAAAAACUGUGUCUCACGAAGAACAGCAAUAUCUCUCCCURAUCCGGCAAAUUCUCACCACUGGUGAACAUCGUCCAGACAGGACAGGAACCGGCACACUCUCACUGCCGUUUCCCCCACAACACCGCUACUCCCUCUCACGCCCAGAUGGAACACUCAUACUUCCUCUCCUCACCACCAAACGUGUCUUCUUCCGUGCCGUGCUUGCCGAGCUUCUAUGGUUCAUCUCUGGCGACACAAACGCCAAAACCCUUCAAGAUCAAAACGUGAAAAUUUGGGAUGGAAACGGCAGCAGAGAGUACCUCGACUCGAUCGGCCUUAMAGAUCGAGAGACUGGCGAUCUAGGCCCUGUGUAUGGUUUCCAAUGGCGACAUUUCGGUGCCGAAUACACGAAUUGCCACGCGGAUUACACGGGAAAGGGGGUUGAUCAACUUGCUGAAGUUGUCCGGAAGCUUCGUGAGAACCCAUAUGAUCGGAGGAUCAUCCUGAGUGCUUGGAAUCCCGCGGACUUGAGAAUAAUGGCACUGCCGCCUUGUCAUAUGUUUGCGCAGUUCUAUGUUUCAUUCCCGGCCGGCUCGCCUACAAGAGCGGAUGGGAGUCAGCAGGGAACGCUGCAUACUUUACUAUACCAAAGGAGUAAUGAUAUGGGCUUGGGAGUGCCUUUCAACAUUGCAAGUUAUGCGUUGUUGGCACACAUGCUCGCCAGGGCUACGGACCUAAUUCCUGGAAGUCUGACACAUACAAUGGGCGAUGCACAUGUAUAUCUCGAUCACCGAGAAGCGCUGGAGGAGCAAAUUACCAGAGAACCGAGAGACUUCCCGACAUUGGAAUUGCUGAAUAGAGAGCCUGAUUGUGGGAUCSACGGAUGGAAAGUCGAAGAUUUCAAGGUCGUCGGGUAUGAGCCUCACAAGGGCCUGGCUAUGAAAAUGAGCGUGUAG